AGAGGAUGUUGUGAAGACCAGGACUUGAACAGGGUUAAAAAAGAAUAGAUAAAUCCACAGAGAUUGGAUCCAUCAAUGGCUAUUAGCCAGGAUGGGUAUGAAUGGUGUCCCUAGUGUGGAAAUGGAUGACAGGAGAGGGAUCACUUGAGGAUUACCUGUUGUGUUCCCUUCUUCUGGGGCACCCAGCAUUGGCCAAUCUUGGCAGGCAGAGCCCUGGCUUAGUUGACCUUUGGUCUGACCCAGUCUGGCCGUUUUAAUGUUCAUUUUCUUAUUCUUUCUCUCCCUGUCUUGUUUUUGAUCUUUGGUUACCAUUUUGUGGAAAAAGUAGACUAAUUUGUGAUGACACCCUCUCAUUUGGAUUCUAAACACUUGUUCUGUAUAAUAGUUUUUAAGGUGGCUUAAUUUGUACCAUGUGACCGAGGAAUGAUACUUACCCUUCACCAGUGUCUUUAUAUAUUUCUAAUAGUACGCUGUGGAUGUUAGAGAGGAAAAAUAAGAGUUAAUAUUUCUCAUUCAGUUAUGUUAAAAGGGAGAGUUAUAAACAGAAAAAAAUGCAAUUGAAAUAUGAACAGGCUUUAAUGCAGCUAACUUAAGAAAAUUAAUAAGCACAGAAUAGGCAUUUUAAGAGUUCCAAGCUGAGACUUUCUGUGUAUCAGAAAUGCAAACAAAGAACAUGAAAGUUAGGUAACAUGAAACCACUGAGUUAUUAGUAUCAGCAUUUUUAAGAAAAAAAUCAAAGUGACUAUAAUUUAUAUUCAGGCUGAUAUCCUAUGAAGUCUGCAAUGCAGACAGCAUGUACAUUAGCAUCAUAAUAAAACCUGGCUCCCGGGAGGGGGUUGGCACUAUUUGAAUAUCUUUGAAAUGUUGCACAUUCAGCCAGUGCUCUUUUCCUUCUUGCAGUGACAUUGUAGUAGGAUCAAAACAAUCUCGUGCUGCCCUGGGUGAUGGAAGCCUGCAGAAUGAUGACCUCUAGGUUUUUAAUUUACAGUCCUCAAAAGUAUGUGCUUAGAUGCUUUUUGGUACCAGUAGCAAGACAAGGUCCCAGCCUUGAGGAGCUGACAGUCUAAUGACUCAUAAUAGGAAGAAGGUUGGAAUAGGGGUGGGAGAGGAGGAUGCGUAUUAUGCUAUAGUGUCUCUCCUGUCUGAAAGCCAGUCCAGUGCAACCCAGGGAAUGAAGGAGCUGGCCUACUGCUAACACCAUUUGGGAAGAUUUAAGAGAGAUCCUGUAGUAGCAGUUCUGCUGUAUUGAGCUGGAUUUUCCAAAUUGGCCACUUAGGAAACAAACAUUAAUUUGGGCAAUUUAAGUUUUAACAUGCUAAUGGAGGGAGCAUCUUGACCAGCAAGCACAUGUUAAAACCAAACCUUGCUUCAUCUACCUUAAUAUUCUAUCCUUAACUAACCGGUUGCAGCGCAUUGCUUUCCCAGGCAAAGGUGGCCAUAGACUACAGAUGCAAAAUCAAUUCAUGCACACACACACACACACACGGACAAAAUCGGCACUGCAGGUGUAAAGCUGGCUGGUGAAUGACCCAUUUCCCUGCACAGCUUCUCAAGAUUUCAAACUUUUUCAUUCCACACUGGAAUCAUGACAGAAAUGUCUCUUUAUUUCAGACCGAAAUCAUCAGGUUUUCAAUGUGGGUCUUUCAGGAGAGUUCACCGCAAAGCUCAGGGACCUUACCGUCAGCUGAACUUGAUACGUUUCUGCAAUAUGUUUGGUUACGAUAAACCAGCAUUUUGUCGAUUAAACUCUUUUGUUGGAAAUGUUCUGACUAGCUGUACUAACGUGCACAAUUACCUGCUUUGCAUUCACUCAGCCUUCUUUACGGAAACCUCAUUGGACUGUUGUGAGAUUUAGUUUGUCAAGGUCUUUGAGAGGCCAGAUGCUAAAGAGGUGCAAAUUAAUAGUCACAGUUGUUAAAUGCAAGUGGGUUUCCCACUUGCACCUUGUCCCUAGCCACCAGGACUUUGUGCUGCUGCAAGUGUCCAUCCACCAAAGUGAGGAAAGAGUUAAUCUUCCAGCCCAAUCUCCCUGGUAGUUAAGCAACAGCUCACUGAGCUUCUGGCUGGAGGGCUUUCUGGUUGCUGGGUAAGCAGUGUAGACUCAGGUUGAUGCUGCCUGCUAUCCAGCAACCCACAGCCUGAGCCCACCCACCUUCCUCCUGCAGAUCUGUUCAGCAGCUCAGCAACAUGGAUCCCAGACAGCAAACAGCAAGAGGGAGGGCACACAGGCAGCAUGGGCUGUGAAAUGGGACAGGUGCUCGUCAGCCGUGAGGCCGGAGCCAUGGAGACUGUGGCUCUCUACGUGCUUGUUUCUGGUGUGAUACAGAACUGCUACUUGGGGAGCAGCCAGGGCCGUGCGGAGCUGGGGUUCAGUUCCUCCACCCCGAGGAGGGCUGUGCCCACAGGAGAGGUUUCUGCCCUGCCAUUGCCCUCCGAAGAGGAUGGUCAAGGAAGUGGUGCUGCAGCCCCAGCCGGAAGCGCCUCCCCGUGGCCACAUGGAGCGACCGAGGAUCCCUCAGGGACCUGGGACAAGGGAAUGGCAGCUCGCAACGGGAGCAGAAGGCAUUCUGUGUCCUCCGGGAAUGGUAGCGGGGUGCGAUUGUCCACGCCGGGGGACCAGGGCAAUGCCACCAGCUCUCCACUCACGACAGCCAGGCAGAAAUCUCCCCCCGCUUCCGACUGGCUGCCUGUCCUGGAGAAGGAAGACAUCCCGGUGGUCGUGGGCGUCUCUGUGUCUCUGGCUCUAAUACUCAUUGCCAUGGGGGUGUAUUCGUUCCGCCAGAAGAGAGAGGCCACCAAAGGCCAGAGUACCUCUCCUCAAAGCCCCUCUGAAUCUCGGCGAAGGAGACGUUACUUGGAAGUGGACAUGGCCCACGAGAACAGGGCUUUCGAAGUCGAAUGUGCUGUUGACACCGUGGAGCAGACUCGGGCCCCAACCAGCUCUUCCCCCAGCCUGCCACACGCCGACCCCACCCCUCCUGCAGAGACGGCUGGGCGCCGAGAGAAACCCGAAGAUGUUGCUGCUAAUGAGACUCUGCAGACAGCACAGGCCAGGGCAGCGGAUGCCCCGCUGUCCCUGCAGCAUGAGCCUGCACAUCAGGAGGGACACCCACACCCUCUCAACACCGCACCCUCUUCGGUGCCCCCGCAGUGCAGCAGUGCCAGGCCCAGGGAGUCUGGCGCAAGGGCCCCUGCCAUGUGCUCCACCGCCUCUCCGGCUCUCCAGCGCCUCGGCACCGCGCUGUGUUUCCACGGGCUUGAGCCGCUGCUGCGGAGCAUCGGCGGGGAGGCCGGCAGGAAUCAAGGCCAAGUUCCUGCAGCGGGCCUGGUGGAAGGCUCCCCUCCUGGAGCUCAGUCCCGCUCUGGGACAGCCAGGAUGUCUGUUACAGUGGAAAUCCACCUCUGCCCAGAGAUGUGCUCAGCCCCGGCAGCCGCUCGGAACGUCGCCGAUUCACCGCGCCCAGAGGCAGCGUCCCAGCCGCCGGCAUCGCCGGGCAGCCCCAGUAUGUGAGCGCCGUGGCCACUGCAUCCGUGGCCGUAUUUCGGAUUGCCGGUGCUCGGCGGAGGGCAGGUGACUGGCUGGGCAGCCUUGGAAACCCAGAGUGGGGGCUGCAGCAGCGUGCCAGGGCUCUGCCUGAAAUGGAUCAUUGGGUGGACAAAUUACCUGUUCCUUUGGGUUUGUGUGUACCAGUGCACUGAGCCAGAGGGGGCCAGGUCGACUGCCAGGCCAGAGGGGGCAUUUGAACCUCGCGGUAUGGGUAUGACCGGUCAUUAAAGAGCAAAGCCAGGGCUGUCCUGACCAAAUUCCACCUGGGGUCAUUUUCUGCGCUCCUAACUUCCCACUGCAGUUUAUGCCUCAUGUCCUGUUCCAAGCUGUUGUGUGGGGUUGCUGUGUGCUGUGAAACUAUUGCUUUGUUCCAUCCCAGAGGAGGCUGCAUUUACUGCACAGUGUCUAAGCCGGCUGCUGUGACAGGGAAUUCCGUCUCUUGUGUCCUCUUGUGCACCCUUCUGACUUUCACAGGGCCCGGGAGUUUUUUGUGACUGGAUUAAAACGGACCCAGUGAAGUCUCGAAGUGAACAAAACAGCUCUUCUCUGGCAGAAUAGGGCCAGGAGCAGCUGCCUGCCCGGAUGUUUGGGGCUCAGAAGUGGGUCGGAAUAUUCUACUGUGUAUAUGGCUGUUUGUUCGACCAGGUCUUGCUUACCAUGGCUCUUGUGUCUUUGGCUCUCCCGAUGUUUCCUCAUCUGCUCCUGUCACUAGCUUUGGAAUCGCUUUCCUCUGUGCUACGUCCCUCCAAACCCCCCAGCCACGGAUUGUCCACCGGAAAUAGCAAGAGAUCUCCCAAGCCAUUGACUCCGGAGCGGUGGUGACUCUGGGAGGCAGGGCUGGGCUUUGUGUGCCGUGGCGCCGUGUGUCGGUAGAGUCACAAGGAGGGAGUGGGACGCUCUGGGCUUGCGGUAUGAAUUGAGGGCUGUUCCGAGCCUCUUGUGUUACAGGGCAGGCUGCAAAGUGUCCGGGGAGCCCCCAGGGAAGGACACGGCGAAAGCCGAGGCAAACCCUGCCGUGCCGUGUGGCUGAUGCGUAUGAUGGAAUGGACGACGUGCAUUGAACCCCCCAGGGGGCACGCGUCUGGUGUGGAGACGUGUGAAAUUGUGACUGACUGGAGAUCUUGUUCUGUGGUGCGGAUGCAGCCCUGCAGGGGGAAGGGGCCAGGUUAACCCCGGGACAGAUGGUGGGUGAGAAUGUAAGCGUGGUGUCGUCGGCUUCGGGGGCUUUAAAAUAAACUGGCAGUGUCGUGCGUGGAGUGUCGGCCUACGGUCGGUUCACUGUCAGCACACACAACAGCUGUGCUGUGGGCAGGCUGCACGGGAGAUAGGGGGCUGUAUGCACUGGGGGAGAUGAAUGUUUCAUCCAGGAGCCGGGGAGACCUGGAUGGGCUGGGAGCGGGGCUACUGACCACACGCCAAGAGGCAGCACAGAGCUGGAAGGUGGUGUAGGGCAAUAGAGGGUGCUGAGAUGUGGCUUCUCUUACAGCCACAGAGAUUUGCAUGUCUGCCUUCUGAGAGGGCCAGCUGGCCAUGCCGGUGUGAUGCCACAGAGCAGUGUGUCUCAACCUUUUUUUUAUAAAGUACCCCUUUAAAAAAAUAAAUCUCUAGAAGUAC